GGAACACUGUGGGAGUGAAAGGAAAGGGGUCGUUGACGUGAACGCGAUAGUUGUUACAUAUUACUGUUAUAUUAAUAAUUGAUAGUAAAGUUUUGAAAUAUUAUCUCUAUAUUAAACACAAUGUAAUAUUUCUUAUCACGUGAUAUAAUGUAGAGGACACCGGAAGUGACAGUAAAUGGUCUUAUAAAUGUUAAGCUAUAGGCCUAGAUUCUGUGGAUGAUUUCACUUACCAACUGAUACUGUAUUUAUAUAAACAUGAAGUUUUCGUUUAUCUUGUUACGUACAUCAUUACUUUGUUUAUUUUGUUUUAAUACGUUGGAUUAAUAUAUUCUGCUGCUACAUUAUUGUUUUAUGAGAGAAUCUGAUCAUUUAGCUUUCAAGAAAGCCCCUGAUAUCCAGCAAUGGGUGAAGCUAUGCGUCAGACUAGCUCAUUAUUUGAGUUGAAUGUAACAAUUGUUUCCGCCAAGCUCAAUGCUUCAAGCAUCCUUUUUAAACCGAGCCCAUAUGUAGAAGCUAGUGUUGAUGGUGGAGUUCCAGUGAAAACUGAAUAUUGUAAAAAUACCUGCAAUCCAAAAUGGGAUGAGUCAUUUCCUAUACUUGUUACUCCUUACUCAAAAUUGCAUUUCCGAGUGCUGAACCAUAGUUCACUGAUGAAAGAUGGACUUUUAGGGGAAGGAACUAUAGAUUUAUAUAAAAUACUCGUGAAACAUGAUGGCAAAUUGGAAAAGUUGCCCUGCCCAGUUGAACUGAAUGUUAAUGGCAAAACAGGCCGAUCUUCAAGCCAUCUGGUAACUGUUCUUGAUGGUCUACACAUUGAUUUGUCUAGGUUUCCUCUGAGGGGGCAUUCUGAAAAUGUAACCAAUGAUGCUAAUCAUGUAGAUGAAAGUCAUUCCAGUAAUAAUGUCAAUUUUCGACCAAAUAACAGAUCACAGCAGCGACUUUCAGCUGUUGAAGAUCAAAGCUCAUCCUAUCUUUCGAACAAUGUACUUGGAGGAGCUCGAGUAAGGACAAGACGCAGUAACAAUCAUACUCCAGCAUCUCCUAGUGGCAAUGUGUCGCCAGCUAAUGGUCUUUCACCUAAUAGUGGUGUACGCAGACUCCAGAAUGACAGUAGACAUCAAUCAUUACCAGCAAUAGUUAAUGAUUCUACAGUUUCACCUGCUGUGGUAUCACCAGAAACAGGAGCACAAGCAAUGGCUCCUUUUCCCAUCACAGUCAAUAAUAAUAUUCCCUCACCGAGGCCUUCAACUUCUAUUGCAACAGCAACAAUGAAUGGAGCAUUACCCAGUUCAUCUGCUUCAACUAGUCAGGUACCUUCUACUGCUGCACCUUCAACAGCACAAGCAUCUCAGAGAUCUGGGAAUCAAAGACAAGCUGCUAAUGGUGAAGAAGAGUUACUGCCUCUUGGUUGGGAAGUUAGAUUUGACCAGUAUGGAAGAAAAUAUUAUGUGGAUCAUAAUACUAGAAGUACUACUUGGGAAAGACCCCAACCUCUACCUGCAGGAUGGGAGAUGCGACGAGACAACAGAGGAAGGGUGUAUUAUGUUGAUCACAAUACCAGGACAACUACAUGGCAAAGGCCAACUGCUGAGAGUGUGAGAAAUUACCAACAUUGGCAGUCACACCAAGCUCAAGCUAUGCAACAAUGUCAACAGAGGUUCCUAUAUCAUACACCUGUACAAGUAGAAGAUGAUGAUCCUCUUGGUCCACUGCCUGAAGGAUGGGAAAAACGAGUUGAUCCUAAUGGUAGAGUGUACUUUGUCAACCAUAAGAACAAAACUACUCAAUGGGAAGAUCCUCGGACUCAAGGGCUUGAGGAUCCUCUGCCACCUGGUUGGGAGAUAAAGCGAACACCAGAAGGGCUAAAGUAUUUUGUUGAUCAUAACACAAAGACAACAACUUUUGCUGAUCCUCGUCAGCCUUAUGCUGCUAAAGGACCUAAGGGAGCUUAUGGAGUGCCUGUCGCAUAUGAACGAAAUUUUAAAUGGAAACUUACUCAAUUUCGAUAUUUGUGCCACUGUAAUGCCUUACCAAGUCAUAUAAAAAUAACUGUCUCGAGACAAAACAUAUUUGAAGAUUCUUUCUCACAGAUAAUGAGAGUACCUCCUCAUGAAUUGAGAAGAAGGUUAUUUAUAACGUUUCGAGGUGAAGAAGGACUUGAUUAUGGAGGGAUUGCAAGGGAAUGGUUUUUUCUUCUAUCUCAUGAAGUCCUGAAUCCUAUGUACUGUCUCUUUGAAUAUGCUGGGAAAAAUAACUACAGCCUUCAAAUAAAUCCAGCAUCAUCUGUUAAUCCAGACCAUUUAUUGUAUUUUAGGUUUAUUGGUCGAUUCAUAGCAAUGGCAUUAUUCCAUGGAAAAUUUAUAUAUAGUGGUUUUACCCUGCCUUUCUACAAAAGAAUGCUUGGGAAGAAGUUAACUAUGAAAGAUAUAGAAUCCAUUGAUCCUGAAUUUUACAAUUCCUUAGUAUGGAUUAAAGAAAACAAUAUAGAAGAAUGUGGGUUAGAAUUAUUCUUUAGUGUUGAUUUUGAAAUUCUUGGCCAGAUACAGUCCCAUGAACUUAAACCUGGUGGUGGUGAAAUCAGAGUUAGUGAAGAAAAUAAAGAUGAAUAUUUAAGGUUAAUGACAGACUGGAGGUUUUCACGUGGACAAGAAGAACAAACAAAAUCUUUCCUAGAUGGUUUUAAUGAAGUACUACCUUUAGAAUGGUUACAUUAUUUUGAUGAAAGAGAACUAGAGUUAAUGUUAUGUGGCAUGCAAGAAAUUGACAUUGAAGAUUGGCAGCGUAAUACCAUUUAUAGGCAUUAUACUCGAAAUGGGAAACAGAUCAUUUGGUUCUGGCAAUUUGUGAGAGAAAUGGAUAAUGAAAAACGAGCUCGUUUACUACAAUUUGUGACAGGAACCUGUAGAGUACCUGUUGGUGGAUUUGCCGAAUUAAUGGGAAGCAAUGGACCUCAACGUUUUUGCAUUGAGAAAGUUGGCAAAGAAACCUGGCUUCCGAGAAGUCAUACUUGUUUCAAUCGAUUAGAUCUCCCUCCAUACAAAAGUUAUGAACAGUUGGUUGAAAAAUUAACCUAUGCAAUAGAAGAGACUGAAGGAUUUGCGCAAGAAUAAAAACAGUUUUAUUCCUUUCUCAAAUCUGACCUAAAAUGUCUUCCGGAAGAUAAUAUGUGAUGUAUUGGGAAAGCAAGAUAAUUCUACAUCCUUUCUCAGCCAUGUAGAACAACAUCAAAGGCAGCUCAUUAAGCAAAAUCAGAAGCAUUUCUGAGUUCUGUUACGGAAGAAAAUGUUGCUUUAUAGAGCACAAUGUGUGGUGGCCGUGAUAUAUAGAUUUAAAAUCAAAUGAAUUUAAAAAAGUGGUAUUUAUUGACGUACCAAAGUGAGAUAUUUUAAUAUGAUUCUAUUGAAAUAGGUGAUUUUUCUCCCAUUAUCUGUAUGAACGCAAUUUUAUUUGCAUCAUCAGAAUAUAAAUGCUAUGAUGGAACAGAAUUGAUUUAUUAUAGCAUUUAGAAAACAUAUCUUUAAUUUUACUAAAAUCAAGAUUAUAUUGACAUUCCGGAGUUUACCUAUCUCUUGGAUCAUUUUAAGACAUUUUGCUCUGUAAAUUUAUAAUAUAAAUUAAAGUCAGACAAGGAAAAAAAAAAUCUGUUAUAUAUGACAGUGGAGGCUUGUAUUAUUCUGUAAAAAAAAUUAUGUAAUAAUAAAUAUAUUCUUUUUCCUGAUAUUAAUUUUAAAGUGCCUUGUGGCUCAAUUAUGUGUAUAAAUCUAUAUUAUAAUAUGAAAAUUUGAUUUUAUUCUUGUAUAAAAAAUUAUUGGCUGACAACUUUAUUUAAUGUUUCUUUUUAUUUCCAUUUUUAAGUUUUCUUUGUGUGUGUAUAUAAAUAUAUAUAUAUAAUAGAACUAUUGUUGUAAAUUAAAUGUGUUAUAUAUAUAUAUCAAAUUUGGCAAAUAGAAGUGUUGAAAGAAAUGUUUUGUGUCCUCUUAAAUUUCCACAGUAAGACUUUUUCAAAACUCAUCUUCAAAAUUUAUAUCUAAAAAAAAAAAUUACAUAAUUUACGCACAGCCAACUGUGCAAUUCAAAAUUUUGUAUCAUUUAACUUUCAUUCCAGGAACAUAAAGCAUAGUAUUUUUCUAAGUUAUUUUUAAAAUUUUGAUUUAAAAGUAUUAUUUUAAAUUGAAAAAUUACAUUCCUUAUCACUGGUAAAUUUUAGAGUUUUCUCCAAUUGCUCAUACAUUUAUUUCAAAUACCAGUGAUUGAUUAUUUAAAAUGUAACAGUCUGUAUCAGACACUUCUGAAUACCAUUGGUAGUGCAGUCGGCAUGUAGAUUGUUAUUAUUGUUAGUAUUUUGUUUGUGUAAUAUUGACUUUGACAUUUAAUUAGGACAGAUAAAGAGAUGAUUUGUGCAGUUUUGAAUAUUAAUUUGUAAAAGGAAAUGAAUAGCUAUUUGAUAAAAUGAAGUUCCUUUUCUAAUAAUAUUAUAAAUUAGUUGAAUUCUGAAAUAAAAGUUAUAUUUUUAGGUUAA